GGCAGUAAUGACAAUGACACUACAACAGUCAUCAUUUUUUAAAGAACCGAGUAUCCACCUCCCAUGUCAUCUCUAAUUUUUUUUCGAUUUUAGUAAAUUAGUACUUGUAUCUAUAAAAAGUUAUUAUGAUUUUAUUAGAAAUAAAUAACAGGGUAGUAGAGGAAACGUUAACUGUUAAAAUAAAAAAUGCACAGGCUGGGUUAAAAAACGAAAGCAUAGAUGUAAAAGUAGCAGAUUUUGAUGGUGUUUUAUAUCGCAUUUCUAAUCUAAAUGGAGAUAAGUCGAAGAUUAGAAUCAGUAUAGCCUUAAAAUUUUAUAAGCAACUUCAAGAACAUGGUGCUGAUGAACUCUUAAAAAAAGAAUAUGGGUCUUACUUAAUAGCUCCAGAGACUGGAUAUAAUGUGUCAUGCUUAUUAGACCUAGAAAAUAUACCAUCAAAUUGGCCUGAUAUUGUAAAAAAAAUUGGUUUACUAAAAAGAAAUUGCUUUGCCUCUGUUUUUGAGAAGUAUUUUGACUUUCAAGAGGCUGGAGAGGAAGGCCAUAAGAGGGCUGUUAUCCAUUAUAGAAGUGAUGAAACUUUGUAUGUUGAAGCCAAAUCGGAUAGAGUUACUGUAGUAUUUUCAACCAGAUUUCGUGAUGAAGAUGAUGUAAUUAUAGGUAAAGUUUUUAUGCAAGAACUAAAGGAGGGAUUAAGGGCCUCACAUACCGCUCCUCCAGUUCUGUUUAGUCACCGAGAACCACCUCUAGAACUACAAGAUACCGAUGCCAAAGUAGAUAAUAAUGUUGGUUAUGUGACUUUUGUAUUGUUUCCAAGGCAUACAGCAAAAAAUACAAGAGAUAAUACUAUUAAUUUGAUUCAUAUGUUUCGGCAUUAUUUACAUUAUCACAUUAAAUGUUCAAAGGCAUAUAUUCACAGUAGAAUGAGAGCCAAAACUUCUGAAUUUUUGAAGGUUUUGAAUAGAGCAAGGCCUGAAAAUAAAUCUACUGAUAAGAAAACUAUUAGUGGAAGAGCAUUUAUACGUCGAGAUUAGUUUUAAUAAAAUGGAGGAAUAGUUCAUCCCAGCUUGAACAAAAUGAAGUGAAAUAGAAGUAACUGCCAAAUCAAUAUUCUAUUCAACACAUUGUUUAUAAGUAACCUUAUUCCUAUAGUAUUAAGUGUUUUUUUUUAAUAGUAAUUACUCAUAUUUUUAUAUUUGAUUUUUAACUCUAUUAUACUUUCAUUACAAAUUAUAAAAAAAUUGUGGAGAAUUUAAGUUUUUUACAGUAUUUUCUAUUAUAUUUCUAAAUAUAUUUUACUUUAAACCUCUUUAUUGUCUUAGCUCAAGAUAGGGAGUGAUUACAAUGUUGUUCAAGGUAUAUUUUUACCUGAAUAAUAAUGACAAUUAUUAAGAUACAGAAUAUGAAGUGUUGAGUUGUGAAUUUAUUCAAUCAGGUGACUUGUAUAAGUGUAAUUUAUUAUAAUUGUAUAUAUGUCUUUAAGGAAACUGUCUUAGCAUUGAGCUUCCAUGAUUCGUACACUUCACAAUGUAUAGAAUUUAAGUAUAUUUAAGUUAAUGCUUAGAAUUAAAAUGCGAGAUAAUGAUUGUAUUUUAUUGGGAAAUUACUUGAAAUUAACAGUUUAAACUUUAAUUGUUUUAUAAUACAUAUUAGGUUGCCUUUGUUUUUUAUAUGCUUUAAGAUGUAUAUA